AAAGCCUUUGAUACGGUAGACCAUUCCAUAAUAUAAAGGUCAGGACUCUGACUGGGCCACUCCAGAAGGCGUAUUUUCUGUGUUUUGGGUAGUUGCCCUGUUGCAUUACCCAACUUCCGUUGAUCUUCAAUUGGUGAAGAGAGAGCCUAACAUUCUCCUGCAAAAUGUCUUGAUAAACUUCGGAAUUCAUUUUUCCGUCGAUGAUAGCAAGCUGGCCAGGACCUGAGGCAGCAAAGCAACCCCAAACCAUGAUGCUCCCUCCGCAAUACUUUACAGUUGAGGUCUUGAUGUUGGUGUGCUGUGCCAUUUUUUUCUCCACAUAUAGUAGGAUACAUCUUUGGCUUUAAUUCUGCUGCAGCCACGCCAGCGCACGUGGGGAUGAAUUUAGCGCGCUUGACAUGCCUCGCGCCCGGUGCCAGAUCACAUUGAGAGACGCGCUUAAAAUCAACUACACACACUGCAACAAAAAGCCGAGUAAACGUUGAAGUCAGUUGAGAUAGACCACCGGCCAAAGUUGUCUGCGUGUCUUUGUGUAGCCUAGAGAGUAUAUGGCGGUGCCUGGUGAUGUCAGAGGAAGAGGCCUGUCUGGGCUCCCCAAUAUGAAUGGAGAAGAGGAGGAGGAGGAAGAAUCACAUGAGGUGUUGCUGAGUGUGUUUGCCCAGCAUGGGCAGUUGGGGUUGUGUUUCUAUGACAGCAGAGACUUCACUCUGCACUACAUGCCUGACACCUCAGACAACCACGAGCUCCAACUGUUGGCCAGAGUGAUCCAGGAGGUGAGCCCUCAUGUGAUCAUUACCAGUGCUAAGCAGGAACGCUGCAUGGUCCAGUUCAUGCAGGGACUGGGAGCCAACCCAGACUACAGGCCUGAGGUGGUGACCUAUCCCUAUGUGGACUUUGGUCUGGAGGUCAGUAAGCAGAGGCUGUUGUCUGCCCAUUUUCCCUUCCUUCCUCCCGCCGUCUCCGAGAGAGAGAGAAUCUCCUACCUCUCCUCCUGCAUCUCCUUCUCCUCCCCCCUCAUGCUGCGGUCAGUAGGUGCGUUGCUGAAGUGUCUGGACAAGAGGAGAGUGGGAGUGGAGCUAGAGGACAGCAGUAUGGGAGUCCCCAUCUUACAGUUCCACACCUACACACUGAAAGACGUAGUGUACGUGGACCAGGAUACUUACAGUGUGCUGCAGAUCUUCAAGUCGGAGCUGCACCCCUCUGUGUACAAGCUGCAGUCUGGGGAGAAGGAAGGGCUCAGUCUCUAUGGGAUACUGAAUCACUGCAGGUGCAAGUUUGGCUCCAAACUGCUUCGCCAGUGGUUUCUGAGGCCUACUCGUGACCUGGCGGUGUUGAACAGGAGACAGGAAGUUGUGAGAUUCUUCUCCUGUCCACGCAACUCUGACUCCCUAAACACUUUGCAGUCCUCCCUACGCAACAUCAGGAACAUCCCGACUCUCCUGCGUUCGAUGUCUCUGUCUCACACCAAAGUCUCUGACUGGCAGGGUCUCUACAAGACAGUGUAUAGUGCGGUGUGUAUCAGGGACACAGUGCGCUCCCUGCCUCAGUCCAUCCAACUCUUCCAGGAGAUCAGUGAGGGAUUCUCAGAUGACCUUUACUACAUCGCCUCGCUCAUCAGCAGAGUGGUGGACUUUGAGGGCAGUUUAGCAGAAAACCGUUUCACUGUCAAACCCAAUGUGGACCCUGCUAUAGAUGAGAAGAAGAGGAGGAUGAUGGGACUGUCUGACUUCCUGACGGACGUGGCUCGCAGAGAGCUGGAGCACCUGGACACCCGCAUCCCCUCCUGCUGCGUCAUCUACAUCCCCCUGAUAGGGUUCCUGCUCUCGGUCCCUCGGUUGACCAGCAUGGUGGAGAAAGAGGACUUUGAGAUAGAGGGCCUUGACUUCAUGUUUCUGUCUGAGGAGCGUCUGCACUACCGCAGUCAGAGAACCAAGGAGCUAGAUGACCUGCUGGGAGACUUACACUGUGACACCAAAGACAUGGAGACAGCAGUUAUGACACAGCUGCAGACCACAGUGCUGGGGAGAAGCGCCUGUCUGUACAAGGUUCUGGAUCUGAGUGCUGAGCUGGACUGUCUGAUGGCACUGAGCCAUGCCUCCCAGGAGUAUGGAUACACUACCCCCACUCUGGCCAACCACCACAGGAUAACACUCAGACAGGCCAGACACCCUCUGUUGGAGUUGUGUUCUCCUAUGUUUGUGUCUAACUCCUUCCUGAGUUCUGAGACUAGUGGACGGGUCAAGAUCAUCACCGGGCCCAACUCAUCUGGCAAGAGCAUCUACCUCAAACAGGUGGGUCUGAUUGUGUUCAUGGCUCUGAUUGGUUCUGACGUGCCAGCAAAGGAGGCAGAGAUUGGUCUGGUGGACGGAAUCUUCACACGCAUGCAGAGCAGAGAAUCUGUGUCUGUAGGACUCAGCACCUUCAUGAUAGAUCUCAACCAGAUGGCUCAUGCUCUGAACCACAGCAGCGGUCACUCACUGGUCCUGAUUGAUGAGUUUGGGAAAGGAACUAACACGGUGGAUGGGCUUUCCCUUCUGGCGGCAUCUAUCUCUCAUUGGCUGAAAAGAGUUCCAGCCGAGGUUCCUCACAUUCUAUUGGCCACUAACUUCCACAGUCUGCUACAGCUGGGUCUCCUACCCUCCUCAGGCCUGCUGUCACUACUGACUCUGGAGACAGCGGUGGAUGGGGAUGAAUUGGUGUUUCUGUACCAGCUGAAGGAGGGGAUCUGUCGCUCCAGCUACGCAGCUAACAUCGCUACACUGGCAGGCCUUCCCCCCAGCCUCGUACAGAGAGGAGUGGAGGUAUCUGAACUGUACAGAACAGGAAAGACCAUUAAACGCAUCGACCGACCAUCUACAGAGGAGCAGGCAAACAAGUGUGUUUGUGUGGUGAAGAAGUUUCUGUGUGUGAACCUUGAGGACCAGAGUGUGGAUCUGCAGCGCUACAUGAAGGAGGAGCUGCUUCCCUCUGGAGGAGACCUGCUCUAACAGCGAACGCUACUGUUGUCUGUCUAACAGCGAACGCUACUGUUGUCUGUCUAACAGCGAACGCUACUGUUGUCUGUCUAACAGCGAACGCUACUGUUGUCUGUCUAACAGCGAACGCUACUGUUGUCUGUCUAACAGCGAACGCUACUGUUGUCUGUCUAACAGCGAACGCUACUGUUGUCUGUCUAACAGCGAACGCUACUGUUGUCUGUCUAACAGCGAACGCUACUGUUGUCUGUCUAACAGCAACGCUACUGUUGUCUGUCUAACAGCAACGCUACUGUUGUCUGUCUAACAGCAACGCUACUGUUGUCUGUCUAACAGCAACGCUACUGUUGUCUGUCUAACAGCAACGCUACUGUUGUCUGUCUAACAGCAACGCUACUGUUGUCUGUCUAACAGCAACGCUACUGUUGUCUGUCUAACAGCAACGCUACUGUUGUCUGUCUAACAGCAACGCUACUGUUGUCUGUCUAACAGCAACGCUACUGUUGUCUGUCUAACAGCAACGCUAC